AUGGAUCCCGAGGACCAAUAUUUCGUCUUUGAGAACCGUCUCGACUCUUUCCAGGACGCCCAACCCGUAUCCAAAGGGAAGGCCUCAACCGCCGCCUCGCGCGCCCCGAAGGCGCUUGUCUGGCCACACAAGGCACUAUCGCCCUUGGCACCACAUCCGAAAAGCCCAGACAAUGUGGUGUGCUUCCUGUGCGAAAAGUCACUCGACGGGUGGGAGGAGAGCGAUAAUCCGCUGGAAGAACAUUUGAAGCAUUCGCCAACAUGUGGCUGGGCCAUUAUGGCGGCAAUUGAAGCCGGCUACGGUAACUACGGGAAGGUUCACCCCCUCGACCCAGCCAUGAUCGAGGCACGGAAGGCGACAUUUGCAGGGCGCUGGCCGUACGAGUCAAAGAGGGGCUUCAAGUGCAAAACCAAAAAGCUUGUCGAAGGUGGCUGGAAGUUCACGCCAUCUGGUGAAGCGAGUGACAUGACCACAUGUGCUUAUUGCAAUCUCGCGCUUGAGGGGUGGGAAUCGGACGAUAAUCCAUUUGAUGAGCAUUACCGACGCGAACCCGGCUGCCUCUUCUUCGCCCUGAUCAACCAGUACCCAGCCCCGAAGAAAGGAAGGGCCAAGGCAGGUAGAGCCUCCAAGGCCUCUCGACUCUCGGUGCAAUCCGUCGCUACCACAGCAUCGGACAUUGGUUCUCUUGCAGACGUCACGGCCAAUCACGACGACAGCGUCAUGACCACGGCGUCCACAGCGACUCAAGGGGGUAGGAAGACGACGAAGGGUCGCAAACCCGCCGCCGGCAAGGGGCGGAAAACCAAAGCCAAGAAGGGCGAUGACGUCGAGGUAUUGGAAGAUGAACCACAAGAACCUCCACAGCCACCUGCUGUUAAAGGGCGCAAACGCGCGAGUGACGCCAUGGAAGACCAUGCCACGACCGAUGCCGAAGCGCCGGCUCCGAAGAAACGCGCCGCCCGUGGUAGAGCAAGCGCUGUUGUUGAUUACCCUUCCCUUCCCGACUCUGAGAUGGUGGAUGCUGCCCCAGCAAAACCGCCCGCCGGCAAGAAGAAGGUCCGGGCCUCUUCAAAGACCCGAAAGGCUUCCCAGGCGUCUGUGAGAUCAGAAGCCUCAACGGCAUCCCUACGGGCCCACAUUCCUGACGAUGACGAGCUUGACCGCCAGCUUGAAGCCGACCUAGAGCGUUACAAUAGCAAUGAGGAAGAUAUGGCUGUCGAACAGCUCCCUGCCCCGACCAAGGGACGUCCCAAGAAAGCGGCCACUGUGCGCACUUCCGGUUCGCAGAAGAAUGCUGGAAGAGAAUCCUUUGCCAUGUUUGACCCAACACCCAUGGUGCCGGAUGAAGCCGAGAUUGAGGCCGAUCUCGAGGCACUCCAGGCCGAGAUGGGAAGGGAACAAGCCACGGACACAAAGCCCCUGGUAGUUCCCAAGAGGGGCCGCAAAGCAGGAACGCGCAAGGCGUCCAAACAGACCAAGAAAGCCAAGGAGCCCUCGGCUGAGCCUGGUCCAACGGAAGAAGCGCCUCUCCCAUUCCAAGAGACAGAGCAACCAGCGCAAGAGUUGGAGUCGGAGCCUGAGCUUGAGGAUCCCGAUGUCAGCACGGGGACAGUCGUAACAAAGCCCGCUAGUCGCCCUACCACCGAGAAGCGGGGGAGAGGGCGACCUUCUAAAAAGUCGACAGCUUCUCUAGCCUCUGUGGAAGAGCCGGAACAACGUCGCCGCUUCCAACAACCCCCGUCAACCCCUAGGACGCGUCUUACCCCAUCCCGAGCAAAUCAAGCCACCAACUUCCACACGCGCUCCCCGCUGACCUCCGACCCCGACAACCAACCUCUCAGUCUCCAACCAGCCGCGAGCGUAAUGCCCCAGCGGCCCGUUCUCGCCCCGCUCUCUAUUGCCCAGACCCCCCAGCGCAGCUCCCCUUCCAAGCGCAACAUCGUCGCCGGGCUACAGAGUAGCCAGCCCUGGCAGCCUGCCGAUCUGGACCUGCUCUUCUCUUCCCCUCUCGCCAAGGGCAGCAGCAGCGAACACGGCGAAGACGACAAGGAGAACAGUGCAUCCAUUGCGAGGCUGCUGCGCAAGGGUGCCGAGCUAACGAGCCCCGAGAAGCGCAUGACGGUCGAGGAGUGGAUCUACCACAAUGCCGGGCUGGCCGAGCAGAAGCUCAAGCACGAGUGCGAGGCGAUGGUGGCGGCGUUUGAGAGGGAGGGGGGGAGGGCGCUGAGCGUUUUGGAGGGGCUUGUUGUUGAUGCUGCUUGA